ACUGUUUUUUUUUCAAACCCAGUCAAAAAGCACAAAAACCUAAGUAAGCUGACAUUCCUCAGUAACUCUGCAUGGUGUAAGUCAAGCUUGAUAUGAUUUAUGCCAAUCUUUUAGGAUGCCGAGUGUUGGCCCUAUAGCUGAGUUUGCAUUACAUCUCUACUUAACAUCGUGGCUCCCAGUUCAUGAAGCAAAACCAAAAAAAAAUGGGUUAGUUGGAAAGUUUUUAUGUCAUGAAUAAAAAAUGAAGGUGCAUCCUGUUAUUGAAAAAAAAAAAUCAACAGCAGGAUGGUGUAAUGCCCUGUUAUCACCUUGAAGUUGAUUAUUUUCCAAUAACAGCACAUACUAAAGUGUUUUAUUCCCCUUACACCACAGCACACACAACCAACAACUGCAUUUAAAAACAAAAUUAUUAAUGAAGGACACGUCUUACUUUUUAAGCGUUUGUUACCAGUGAAUGUCUGCAAGACAAGCUACUUCCUGUUACUUACAUGGGUUUAAUUAACAGAAACAGCUGCUUACAGCUAUAAACAGGUGUUCCCUCACCAGCUUCUUUUAUUCUCUCUCUUGCUUUGUUAAAAAAUGUCACUGAGAAUCAGGCAGACGCACACUCCUCAGUCCUGAAGACUUUCCAGUGGCAGAAACCUUACUGUUACAAAUCGCUGAUACCUGAGACUAUGCAAAAUAAACAUCUCCUUACAGAGAGUUUCACAAUAUCAACGAUUAUAGGCCUGCGUUUUUCUUUCCGAGACCACAUGCUUUUUAAUCUAGGCUAAUAUUAUGAAGCGUGUUCACCAUACAAGUCACUGUUUAAGUUGUUAAUAUAGAAAUGAUAACUUAGUAGAACUAGGCGUUAAUAUAAAGUAAAUCUGUGAUUUGAAUUACAGCCAAUGCUACCGUCAGAGCUGCUGUUAUAGAAAAUUAAUCAGCACCUUCUGACUAAUCAGAUUUGAGAAUUUAACAGCACUGUGGUAUAAUUAAAUAUAAUUAUAUUAAUAGUAUAAGUAUAAUUAUACUGUGGUAUAAUUAAGCAUAAUGCACUUUUUUGUCUACAGGUCCAUGAGUUAUACAUAAACUUUUUGAGUUGUUGGGCUGAAAUGUGUUGCAGUAGGUUCAUUGAUUGUCUUUGUAAAGCAGGAUGAGUUGUUGGUCUUAUGUUAACACUAUAACAGCAUAUGUUUCUACUAGUUUGUGGUUGUUGAAGGAUGUUCUCAUUACUUGUGUUAUCCCGUUAUAUUUUAAUAGAAAUGAAUAUAGCGUUUAGCGUGCAAACCUGUAGCAUGUUUUUAUAUGUCUGCAUUUUUAUAGUGUUUAAUUUUUAGCCGAUUUCUUUCCACCAGGGGAAGUAGGAGUGUUCAGAGAAGAUGGUGUCGGCUAAUGCUAAUCCUCCUGUAACUAGGACUGGCUGUGCGUUCAAGUCAUGUCGGAAAGAUCGUAUUUAUGAGUUGAACGCACCACAAAGUUGUAAUUAUGAGUGGGAUUUGCUCUGAGCUCUGAGUUUCCGAGUCAGGGUUUUGUGUCUGUAAGAAUGAUGGAGUCAGUGGAUGCAACAUCUGGAGCUGAGGGUAAAUUAGUUGAAAUUGAAUGGGGAUUUAGCAGUGACAUGUCUCUGUCAGGCUUUUUUAUUUACAAUAAAACAAGCUAAUUUCCUGCACAGUGUAUGAGAGCAUUGUACAAACAUGAUAUAAUUAUUGUGUAACCAUAAAGUGGCUUCAUAAAUUGAUGAAAAACAUAAACACACCUGAUUCUUUGUUCUUCAUUUUCUAGAAGUAGAUUAAAAAAAAACCUUGUUGUAUUUUUGUAGUUAAUUAAGAUAAGGUUCAACCUUCUUCAUCUUGCUGCAAACAAAGUGACUUGAACGCGUCUGACGUCAUAAUUACGACUUGCCAACUCGUAAAUACUAAUUUCCCCGGAGCACUUGAACGCACCGUGAGGACAGAGAGGUGGUCGAAAUGUAAACAAAUGGUCGCUGUUUGGUUUGGUUUGGUUUGGUGUUGCUUAUCUCAUAGCAGGAGGCCAUGACAGAGACAAGAGAAGGAGUGGAUACCAGGUUGAAGUUUACUCUAGAGCCAUCUCUUGGCAAAAAUGGCUUUCAACAGUGGUACGAUGCCCUCAAGGCAGUGGCUAGGCUCCCAACUGGAAUUCCCAAAGAGUGGAGGAAGAGGGUAUGGUUAACUUUAGCUGAUCAGUACCUCCACAGCAUCUCCAUAGACUGGGAGAAGACCAUGAGAUUCGCGUUCAACGACCGCAGCAAUCCAGAUGAUGACUCUCUGGGGAUCCAGAUAGUGAAAGACCUGCACAGAACAGGCUGCAGUUCUUACUGUGGCCAGGAGGCCGAGCAGGACCGUGUGGUACUGAAGCGGGUGCUAUUGGCUUAUGCCCGCUGGAACAAGACUGUAGGUUACUGCCAGGGCUUCAACGUGCUGGCUGCCCUGAUCCUUGAGGUCACAGAAGGCAAUGAAGGCGACGCGUUAAAGGUGAUGAUUUAUCUAAUUGAUAAGGUGCUUCCUGAGAGCUACUUUGCCAACAACCUGCGUGCUCUGUCUGUGGACAUGGCUGUAUUCAGGGAUCUGCUCAGGCUUAAGCUUCCAGAGCUCUCUCAACACCUUCACCACUUACAGAAAGUAGCCAAUCGGACAGGAGGAGGAAGCUACGAGCCUCCACUCACCAACGUGUUCACCAUGCAGUGGUUUCUCACCAUGUUUGCCACCUGCCUGCCUCACCACACCGUGCUGAAGAUCUGGGACUCGGUUUUCUUCGAGGGAUCAGAAGUGCUGCUGCGUGUUGCCUUAGCCAUUUGGGCCAAACUGGCAGAGAGGAUUGAAGAGUGCCAGACUGCAGAUGAAUUCUACAGCACGAUGGGAUGUCUGACUCAAGAGAUGCUGGAGGACAACUUGAUUGACUCCAAUGAACUCAUGCAGACGGUAUACUCCAUGGCCACCUUCCCUUUUCCCCAGCUGGCUGAGCUGAGGGAGAAGUACACUUACAAUAUCACUCCAUUCCCUGCUGCAGUCAAGGCCAUUGGCAGCCAAGGGCUCCAUGGAUGGGAGAGUGAUGAUGAUGGAGACAUGGAUGAUGAGGACUCUAUAGUCACUGCUCUGGGAUGCCUGGGACCAUUAGGGGGGCUCCUGGCCCCUGAGAUUCAGAGAUACCAAAAGCACUUAAAAGAGCAGCGAGGUGAGCAGAGCUCUCCCUGCAGCAGUAUGGCCGAGCUGAGCCCCGGGGCGGUGGGGGCUGCCCGGGCGGAGCACCACGCCACCAUCAACAGCAUGAUGAUGGAGCGCAUGAGCACGGACAUCAGAGCGCUGACUAAGCAGUACUACCGCAUCAAGAGACGGCAGCAGCAGCAGGCCAACCUGCUCUACAUUCACACAGGACUGCCAGUGGAAGCUGAACCUGUUGCUCCUCAUCAGCCCAGUAAAGCCAAUGCGAGCCUUGACACUGAUAAAUGUCCAGCCACUGGCAUCUUUGCCUCCCAAAUCCACUCUUCACCUGUGGUCAAUCAUCUUCUCCUGGGAAAGAAGGCCAUAGCUGCUCAGCAUCCUUGCAGAAAUGGAAUGGCCCAGGGUCUCAAAGGCCCCACAGGGUCACUUCCCCAAGCCCAAUCCACUCCCACCCAGGAUCACAGUCUUCAGUCCCCCUGGCGUGCCCAUGUUUGUGCUCAUCGCAGGAACCUGGCACGGGCCCGGGCCCAGCUUGGUUUUGAUGACUCAGUGGAGCUAGAGGAUAACAACAGUCCUGAGCACAAACCAAAGAGAGAAGAGGGAGAGGAGAAGAUGAAGGAAGAGGAAGAUCAAGAGAAGGAGAGGAAAGAUAACAGUGAAAGCCAGGAGAAAGCAGAUGUGCCAUUGCAGGAGCCAGUGCAAGGGAUUGUCGAGGAGGGAGACUCAGAGCCCCAGCUUCAGAAUGCUGGCUGCAGUCAGGAGAUAAAGGAGGUAGAACAGCAGCUAUCCACUCUAGAUCUGGAUUCAUCAGCAAAAGCUCCUUCAGAGUUGAACGAUCCAGAAACACCUUCUCUAAAUCCAGAGCCAGAGAUGGGAAAUAAUCCACUGCCACAACCCAAACCAAAUGCACAGCCAUAUGUCUCAGCAGUGGCGUGCUCCACCCGCCACGACUCUUCCAGCUCAGAGAGCACAGCCUGCUCUCUCAGGCAGAGCUCCUCUGUAGCCUCUACUCCAGAGAUUCUUCCCAAACCACAGCAGAUUUUUUCCCCUUUCCCCUGCGUCAAAGUACCCCGCAAAUCCAUGGCUGCCCGCAACCUGGGCCUCUAUGGCCCCACCUCCAGAACUCCCAGUGUGCACUUCCCACAUAUGAGCAAAACCAUGAACCGAAUGGGUGCUGGUGUUGCUGCGUCCACCAGGCGGCGAUGAUUAGCAGCUCACUUAUUCUUCACCUCAGCUCUCACUCUGAGCCUUUCAAAUAUGCAGAAGGCUUGCUCUUUCAGUAUGCAUAGAAGGUAUAGCAGUAUACAGCACAAAAGUCACUGAGAUACUGUACACAAUAGAGAUAUAGAUAGAAAUGAAAGAAUAUCCUAGCUAGUAAAGUUUAUCAUGAAUAUGUUGAACUUUUUUUUUCAUUUAAUUUUUUUUGUACUCCACAAGAAGAGCCAAACAUGUUAUUCUUUUCUAGUAUUCAUCAUUGCUGGAGAAUGUGAAGAGAAAUUGUUUAAAUAUUUAUGCUGCAUGUCUGACCUUUGGCUUUUGCCAUAAAUGUAUUGGAUAUGACUGUGUAUUUGUCACAAAGAUAUAUGAACUUCACAUAAGUAUAUUUAAAAACAAUUCAAAUAUAGCCUAUUUAUUGACUGGUAAAUGCCCUCCUGGAUAGAAAACUGAAGAUAUGCUGUAUAAUCAUAACACUCACUCACUCACUCACUCCAAACAUUUUGCUUUGUUUUCUCAUCUUAUUCUUUCUGGCAAUUUUCCUUUCAGAAUUUAUUGCAUUUGGCUGCUGUUCUGUAUCUUUUGUCUGUCACUUCAUUAGUUGGUUUAUGCCGUCACUAAACUUUUGGUCAUUUCAGUUUACUAACUUUGAACAGAAAUAACUGUGUCUUUGCUCUUCAUUUCAUAGCUUAUGCUUUAAACAUUUUGAACUGGACAGAGAAACAAUAUAUUGGAUUUAACACUUGGAAAUUAGUGGCUCAUGGAAUAUUUACUUUGAUGCUUGAGUUCUUUCAGUGAACAAGAUUAUACAUCUUUACAUCAAUAAAAAAUUAUACAUGUAUAAGAGAA